GUAUACUAUUAUCUAUGAGCUUAGCUGUGGAAAUAAGCGAAUAUUUCGAAGAUUAUCGAUAACAAGUCAUUUGUAGGUUUUCUGAGUCAUACGAAGAAAAAAGAAACAACAAAUAUUUUUCAGUUGUAGCAGGUGCACAACACUUGAGAAUUUCUGUGGUUUCUUUGGUUGGUUUUUGCAGCAACUGCGAUUAAAGUACUUAAAAAAAAGAAGAUCGACUCCAAGAGUGGGGAGUAUGUACAUAAGUGAGAACUAAGGAAGAGUGGGGGUAAAAAAUCUACAAUCUCGCUCGUACGUUCUGCAUGCAUUGCACUAAUACCGGAACAGCUGUUUACACAACACCGAUAAAAUUUUAACCCUCAAUGUAUUUUGAUUUGAUGGAAUUUUCGUGUAAGAAUAGCGCUCAAGUGAUUCGUAUCUAUUGUUUAUCAGUGUUGUAAACGUUGUUGCUGAGAAAGAUCUAGUGAAAAAGUGAUUCGUGGACGCUAAAAAUGGCAAAUGCGGAUGAAGCACAAUUACAUCCCAAAAGCAUAAAAUUGCCGCCUGCUGUUGAAGUAUUUGCUAAUUUAAAAAAUGCACAGAACUUUGCCAUCGACAUAGGUCUAUCUUUAACAAAAAUUGCCUACUACUCAACAAUCAGCUAUCGCAAAGCUUCUUAUGAUGAAGAGGAGAGUGAUAACUCAGGAGAUAGUGCUUAUAAACUACAAAAGGGCAGUCGCCUCCACUUCGUAAAAUUUGAAACUCGUCAUAUUGAGAAUUGUCUUGACUUUGUCAAGCAGCAUUUGGUGAACGCCGAGAGAUUCCAGGGGAAAAGUAUCAAAGUCACCGGUGGUGGUGCUUACAAGUACGCCUCAUCAAUCCAAUCAAAAUUAGGUCUUCUCGUCAAUAAAGAAGACGAGAUAGACUGCCUCAUCAAAGGUUGCAACUUUCUCCAGAAGAACAUCAGUUGCGAAGCAUUCGAAUUUGAGAGACAUAGAAAUCCAGAGUACAAAUUUGAAAAAGCUGGUCCAAACAUCUUCCCUUAUCUUUUAGUGAAUAUUGGCAGUGGUGUUAGCAUUUUAAAAGUGGAGUCUGAACGCGAAUACGAGAGGGUUGGAGGGACAGCUACUGGAGGAGGGACGUUUUUGGGUCUAGGAUCCCUCCUAACUAAAGCAAAAAGUUUUGACGAAUUGUUGGAAUUAGCAGAAAGAGGAGAUCAUAGAAACGUUGAUAUGCUGGUGAAAGACAUUUAUGGAGGUGAUUAUUUGUCUCAAGGACUUUCUGGUGACUUGAUAGCUUCUUCUUUUGGUAAAGCGAUGUCCUGCAACACUGUGAAUGGUGGUAAAACUUACUCAGAGGCUGAUGUUGCCCGAAGCCUUCUGUUUACAAUUAGCAAUGACAUUGGCCAAAUAGCGAGUUUGUACGCCGCCAUCCAUAACAUGGAUAAGGUUUACUUCGGAGGUUAUUUUUUGAGAAAUCAUCCGUUGUCGAUGCACACCAUCUCCUUUGCUAUCAAGUACUGGUCGGGUGGGAAAGUUAAACCAUUAUUUCUUCGGCAUGAGGGCUAUCUCGGUGCUAUUGGAGCUUUUUUGUACGGAGCUGAACAGAGUAAUGAGUACAGUUGGCUUGAAAAUUAUGCUGGUAGCUCUGGCUUCAAGGAUUCCAUAGCUACAGACAUGGGGAUUGAAAUGGAUCAGCUGGAGAUCGAUAGAGCAGAAAAUGCUGUGACGUUUUGUCCACUUUUGAGGGACCCAGCUUCGUAUAGUCCUGAUACUACUGAUCUUGCCCAGGAUAAGGAAGCUAGGGAUUACUGGUUGCAGUGUUUCGAAGAGUCGAUCGACAAAUUUAUUUCAAGGGCGAUUUGUAGUCAACCACAAAGUCCUACUGCCAAAGAACGUGCGAGCAAACUGAAGAAAAAGUACAUUAACAGACUUCAUUAUCUUCAUCUUCAGCCUUUUGCUUAUGGAGCGCUAACCGUGAGAACUCUUCUUGAUACGAUAGAGCAUUGUAUGAAAGAAUUUGAUUUCCCAGAUCCCUACUUGCAGCAAAAGAAAAAGGAAAAUGAAGAAGCAUUAGCAUAUUUGAAAGCUCGUCUAGAGUUUCUGGAUGCAUUGGAGGGCGAAGAAAAGGUCAAAGCAUUAAUCGCAGGUGUUCUUUCUGGAAAUAUGUUUGACUGGGGAGCUAAGGAGGUUGCAGACCUCAUGGAAUCUUCGACUUUUGGGUUCGAAGAUGCUCAGAGUAAAAUUCCAAGUCGACCAUGGCUCCAAGAUGAUUUGGAUGAGUGGAUUUUAAGACUGCGAAAUGAACCUCCUCACAAUUGUGCAGCUAUAUUUGUGGACAACAGUGGGGUGGACAUUGUUCUCGGGAUUUUGCCCUUCACCCGAGAUUUAUUGCAAAGAGGAACUCGCGUCAUCCUCUGUGCCAACUCAAUGCCUGCUCUCAAUGAUGUCACACAUCCAGAGUUAUUGGUGAUUCUGAAGGAAGCUGGGAAGAUUUGUAAAGAUAUAAAAUAUGCUCUGAAGGAAAAUCGACUGAUGGCCAUGGAAACUGCACAAGCUGGGCCCUGUUUAGAUCUAAGUCGACUGAACUUGGACCUUUGUAAAGCUAUGAUUAAACAGAACGUGGACCUGGUAGUAAUCGAGGGAAUGGGUCGUACUCUUCAUACAAAUCUUCAUGCAAAAUUGAAAUGCGAAUGCUUAAAACUGGCAGUAGUAAAAAAUCGUUGGCUAGCAACAAGACUAGGUGGCGAUAUGUACGCUGUGAUAUGUAAAUACGAGCGACCAUCAUUAAAAACGCCAUUGAGACUGCCAACCGAUCAAACCUGCCCAGAGGCGUGCAGAAACCGCGCGUUGCCUGGAUUCUAAUGAACAAAGUAUCACAGCUGAGUAGAGUAUCCGUUAUGUAUUGAAAGGAUCAAAACAAUAGCAGCAUCUCAUCGAGGGUUAUCAGUUUUAGAAAACAUUGGGAAGAAAAUUUACCUGUCCGUUUUUUCAAUUACGAUUAUUCUUCCGCGUUUCUCCUAAAGUCAGUUGCUCACUGAAUAAUUGCAUAAUUAUGUGAUACCAAACAGAAGUAAUAUCAUAGUUAUCAUCAUUUUAUCAUUCCAACUCUAAUUUACAAUUUCCUAAAAACAAAUAAACUUGAUUGUAUCAAACUUUCUGUCAUUGCCGUCAAAUUUACUUAGUUUGGACUUCCUUCACGAGAGAAAUAAAGAUUUAAAGUUGAUAAAAAAAAAAUCCAGUAAUAGAAUGUUGAUAUUUUGAAAAGAUAUUUAAGAAUAUGCAGAUAUUCAGUGUUGCAUUGAAUUGACAGGUGAUCAUAACGUUGUCCAUGUCAAAAGGACGAAUAAACACCAAAGAAAACUUAGAUACACGAUACAAUUUUUCUUUUCAAUCAUUAUUAUCUAGUAAUUUCAUUUUUUGGAAUGAAUGAACUAAUCAAAAGACGGAUUUAUCAAACGACAAUAAUUGUUCUCACCCUGUAAGACAAUUCUCUGUGAUAAUAAUGUUACAUGUACCUGUGCAUGAAAUUACAUUUCUAUAUAAUUUUAAGACUGUACCAGAAAACUAUUUCAUUCGAUUUUCUUAUAAGAUUGUCAAUUGUGCUUGAUCAUUUCUGCAUGAUUAUUCUUGGAAUAAAGUGGAUCUAAUGAGCAA